CAACUGUCAUAGCGAAACUGAAAACAACAAAAGCGAAUUUCAAGUCUGAUUUCAUUUAAUUAAACUAGCUUUUGUAGUACACAUAUACCUACGUAAUAAUGGAGCCCUUGCAGAUCAAUAGUGGUGAGGAUUAUGUUAAAGUCAAUAUAUCGAAUUCCAAAAACGACAGCAUCGCGCUGGACUUGAAAUUUGCAAAAAGCCUUACAAUCGGCCAACUGAAGUGUAAAUUGGAAAUCAUAACAGGCGGUAAUGCGGCUACAAUGCAAUUGGAGUUGUAUAAUGGCGAUCGACUGGUCACAAGUCUGCAUGAUGACAGCGUUUUAUUGGGCGCGUUGCCUAUAGAAACGGGUAUGCGCAUACAUGUAAUCGACAAUUUCAACUGGAUAGCGGAUGUGGAGAAAUUCGAGCUAACCGAUGAGCAAUACGAAACCAAGCAGGAUACUGUGCGUAAUUUUCUGAAAAAGAAUCGCAUGGGCAAGUACAAUGAGGAAGAGACGCGUCAGAAGGAAGAAAAAUUGCAACGACAACGGCAGCUGGAGCAGGAGCGCGCUGAGUUGUGCACUAUCGGUGCGCGCUGUCAGGUGACAGUGCCUGCCAAUCCAGUGCGUCGUGGUACCGUCAGAUACAAUGGGCCAAUUGAUGGCAAGAAAGGUAUUUUCAUUGGUGUAGAGUAUGAUGAGCCACUUGGCAAGAAUAAUGGAAGCGUCGAUGGCAAGGCGUACUUCUCUUGCGCACAAAACUACGGCGGUUUUGUGCCACCAACGGCUGUAGAAGUUGGCGAUUUCCCACCAGAGGACACAGGGCUCGAAGAAGAUGAGAUUUAAAACAAGACGACUUAAAGUAUACACUACGCAUUUGUGAUUGAUUUUAUUUAAAAACUUAGUAACGUACAUACAUACACAUACAUAUAUUUUAUAAAGCUAGUUUUGUAUAAUUUAAAUUAAAACUUU